AAAAAAAUACCCUUAAUAAGCAAGUUUAACUCUAAGACAGAGAAAUGGGUUGACAGGAUUGACUGAAAAGCUUUGCGGUUGCGGUUUUUUGUUCCUCUGAAAAAGAUAGUAUAAACUUGUAACGUUGUUUCUUUAGCUACUAGACUAAUCUAUGUCAACCGCACACGAAAGCCCCACGUGUUCACAUUUCCGCCCAUCGCAAAAUGUCUACAAAAACAAAAGCAAGAAAAUGGGACGAGCAACACUUGGUGAUGGCGUCCGCUUGCAGUGCCAUUUUCGUCGAGCACGUCACGGCGGUCAUGUUAGAAACCGGCAACGCCGCACUACAUUAACAACAAUUUCGGCGGGAAAAUUUCAUGCUCUGAGAGGCUUUUUUGUUUGUUUCGUCACGUUUCCUCGUACGCCAGCUGUCAACUUCCACUGUUCAGAUCAAAAAAUGUCUGUGUCGCACGGAACUUGCCACUUCAACCGACCAAAAGGCCAGAUCCAGAUCAUCUUUGGCCCGAUGUUUUCGGGCAAAACAACUGAAUUAAUUCGUCGAUUGAAACGCUACGAAGUGGCCAAUCACAAAUGUUUGAUUAUCAAGUAUGCCAAGGAUUUGCGGUAUGAAUCCAAAUGCGGAGAAGGAGUCGCUACUCAUGAUCACCAAAGUCGGGCAGCCGUAGCCGCAACCGCCUUGUCCUCUAUCACGCACCUGGCGAAUAAUUGCAGCGUUAUUGGGAUCGACGAAGGCCAGUUUUUUCCCGAUGUGGUCGAGUUCUCUGAAGCGAUGGCGAACGCUGGCAAAAUUGUUGUCGUUGCUGCAUUGGAUGGAACCUACCAACGAUCAGGUUUCGGCAAUUUCUUAAAUUUGGUGCCACUGGCGGAGAAUGUCGUCAAACUAACAGCCGUUUGCAUGCACUGCUACGGUGAAGCCGCUUUUACUCAACGCCUUGGUUCCGAAACAGAGGUGGAGCUGAUUGGAGGCUCUGAAAAAUACAUGGCUGUCUGCCGUGAAUGUUAUCGCAAAUUCAGCGAAGCAAAUAACGAAUCUUUGGCGGAAGACUGCUGCCAUGGCAACCGUGUGUCGUCUCCGUUCCACCAACUGCAUCAGCGUCCAAAUAACAAAUCACCUCUUAAAGUAAACAAUAGUCCGACAAAGCAUCUAACUGUACAAGUCAACCGAAUACUUUUCCUUGAUAAGGAAAAUCUUUAAUUCGCCACUCCUGAAAGGAAAAACGUUUUGAUUUUUUUAUGUGGCAUGACGACGUAGUUGUCUACGCCCUUCUUCCCUUUUUUCCAUAUUUCUUCGUUUCGCCAUUUUGCAAUUAUUUUUUUUAAGAAUCUCAUGAAAAUUGCAAGUUCUUUUUAGUUUUUAGAUGCUGCUGGCCAAGCGCUACAGUUAUUACUUUUCUAUUACCAGUAAUCGUGUAAGCUGUUUUAUUUUAAAAUUUAACAUGCUAAUAGAUAAAGUGAAUGCUGAA